AUUUCUUCUCAGAGAAGAAAAUCCGUUGUUGUGGAGAGGAAGAAAGGCUCGAGAAAUCCGAGCAACGUUUAACGUACUAACAACGACCGUUAAACCCCAGUUUUUGCGGGUCGUUUUUCUCCAGCUUAUAUUUCCAGUUUACUUUAGCAAACAUGGCUUGUGGAGCAACGUUAAAGAGGUCGAUGGAGUUUGAGGCCCUCCUCAGUCCCCAGUCUCCCAAGCGGAGAAGGUGCAAUCCACUACCGGGGACUGCUGGCACUCCGUCCCCGCAAAGAUGCAACCUCCGUCCCCCAGUCGACAGCCCAUCGCAUUCGAUGUCUCCUCCGACCAUGGGAGGCGAACACAGGCUCACUCCAGAGCAGAUCUUCCAGAACCUCCGUCACGAGUACAGCCGGAUCCAGAGGCGGCGGCAGCUGGAAGGGGCCUUCAACCAGACGGAGGCCUGCAGCUCCACUGAUGCCUCCAGCCCCAGCUCCUCCCUCAACGCUCCCAGCUCCCCACCAGGUGCCUCAAGGAAGGACCAGCCCUCGUUUACGCUGAAGCAGGUGAGCUACCUGUGUGAGAGGCUGCUUAAAGACCACGAGGAGAAGAUCCGGGAGGAGUACGAACAGAUCCUUAACACAAAACUCGCAGAACAAUAUGAAUCUUUUGUGAAAUUCACACAAGACCAGAUCAUGCGAAGAUACGGAGCCCGGACUGCUAGUUAUGUCUCCUGAAUUCACCAUGAUGAGAUCCCAGCUUCCUGUCACAAGAUGGCUGCUCUUCUACUGCCCCCGUUCAACUUGAUUUUCAUUUUAAUUACCUAAACACCGCCCCCUCCUCCCUCUCAAACUGUUAGGGUGCCAUGGUUUAUCCUCUUUUUUUUUUUUAUCCAAAUGUUGACGAUUUCUUCUUCAAAACUAUUGCUGCUGGCCAAAAGUUAAAAUAAUCUGAAAGAGAAACUAUGUAUGAAGCCCACCCUCUUUUUUUAACCUUUUUUCUUGUUCAUAUACUCUUUCCGGAAAUCCUGACUAAAGCAGAUCUGUGUCAAAUCUCUUGCCGGUGCUGUAGAAAAAAGCUUAUUGAUCAUUCUGUAUAACCUCCAGCAGCUGUAUUUAAUGGCUCCUGCUUAUCACAUUGUCCCCCUUUUCUCCAACCCCCCCCUACCUCCCUCCUCACAACAACUCUUCACCUGAGAAUGUGGAUUUUUCUCCCUUUUGAAAAAAAUAAAAGUUCUGUGAUUAAAA